GUCCAAUUCAGGGAAAUGCCAAUCAAACAAACUACAUUUUCUCAAUCACUCGACUGCGCUUCUUGGUCUGAGGACUAAUCCAUCAGUGGCAGUACCCUUACAUAUCGUCUCUCCACUCAUUUACGCUGAAUGACGGAAGCGUGAAUCCCUUUCCGCGGCCUUCCUACUUUACUGUUUCUUCUCGCUGGGAAGGGAGGCUCGCGCUCAGACACCAUUCAUUACCUUCCUUCCCGCAGGCAUUACUGGUGAACCACCUUUUCCCCUCUAUCCCAUCCCGGACCUCUUUAUCCAGUCGAAGCAUCAUUAGCCGCCAUGCCGGAGGUCGUUCGAGGCAGUCGUGCCAGUUUUCAGAUCGAUCGCAGUCGAAAUGCGUCGCACGACGGAGCGACGCCCUCGUCUCCCCUGCGAGAAGCACGCGGCGUGCAUUUUGGCACGGAAAGCCCUGGACUCGAACGAGAGGAGACCCCGACACAGGGUCUCCGAUCCGUCGAUACCGGACUCAGUACCAUGUCUGCCUCUGAGCGAAGAAAGAGCAGGGAACAAGCCAGAAAAGAGCGGAAGAUGGAGCCCGAAAGAGACGCCUACUACGACAGUCGUGCUGCGACCAAGAGAGAAUUCCGAAGGCGAGCCAGCACGCUACAAGAAUAUUAUUCUCAACAUCCCACGUUGCUGCCACAAUUACCUUUUACGUGGAGGCAUGGAUGGCGGAGAUGGAAGUUGUUUCUCACGAUAUUUACAAUCAUUGUGGACGCCUGUAUCAUUCCUAUUGUCUUAUUUUAUACCAUGAAAUUCGCAGGACAUGUUGAGGGUUGGAAAAUUUUUGCAGUCGUGGCAACUAUCUGGGGCGGUCCUACAUACGUCGAGUUCGCAGUGAGAAGCUGGCGUCUAUUCAAAGCCGAGAACUUCUUCCGGCCUCUCGGCACGUCCAACCGAUGGGCCUUCGAUAUCACCCACUGGAUCUCCGUCCUGACCAUCACCGCCGUCACCGCGCUGCUCAUUGUCGGCAGCGCCCCUCACAUUGUGUGGCUGCGGGUUCUUUCCAUGCCCGCCCCGGCACUUCUGUAUUGCAUCGCAGGCAGCGUAUUCUUGCUUACCAUGUGGAGUCUUGCCGGCAGAAAGGCGCCUUUCCGGAUCAGCUCUACUGAGAAGGGCGGCGUGGUCUACCCUGGAGCAUACUACCUGAUCGAGGAUGUCGUCGCCGUUAAUGCCAACGCCGGCAGACCUUUCCGUGAAGCCUUGGCCGCGCGGUAUAGAGCAAGCCCACGGUUCCGGAGGAUGAUGAUGGUUCAGUCUCUAUUCUGGUCCAUUCCGGGACUUUUGGUUGCCAUUGCCUGCACGGUGAUUGUAUGCAUCCAUCCCGUCCCCAAGGAUGUGGCUUAUGGUAUUGGCUGGGGUGUCCCCUUUGUCUGGGUCGCCAUCUGGACCGCCAUCACUAUCCCCUGGGUUCGACGAGAUAUGCACAAGGAAACCGUGACUUGGGAGGAAGACUGUGGCAUCGAGCCUGGCGAAAAACAUCACGACGAAACGAAACUAGAGCCAACCGAUUCUGACCGCGAGACAGCAAAGGAGCCGGCCCCAGAACCAGAGCCAUGAGUUCGCUCAUCAGAUUCAUCUGUACUACUAUUUCUAUUGACUACAUUUAAUGGAAUGGUGAGCGCACGUGGUUUAAUGAGUUUGGCUUGAGGUGAUGGGACAUGUAUUUCAAAAGUCCUUGUGCAUGGAUGACUUUUUACUCGUUCGAGCGUGCUGCAUUGGAUAUCCCCUAUGGCAUCUGAGACCUGAAACAGAGAGCGGGAGUUUGAGGCGACGAGUCGACGUUAGAGCGACACUCUGGCAAUUCCGCAAAGGUGGUAGACAUAUUAAUGAGAUGAAGGCCUUUUCCAACCGUUCUUGAGGAGCUGAACUUUGGUGUCGCGUGCUCUCCGUUCGAGAUUCGUGGCCAACAAGUUGCUCCCCCAGCUAUCUGGCCAACUCUUUGCACGCCCGCUCCCUUCCUCCAUCAGAGCACCAAAGGGAAAGGGAGAAGGGAGAAGGAGUCUGACACACGGCGGCCCUACCACUGCCACUACCACUACAGUUCCGCUCACUCACCGCAGCGUCUCUGCCGAGCGCAAGAUCGAGAACAUUGUCAACCUAUAGCAGGCAAGUGAGCACGCUUUGUCAGCUCGACGUCAAGACAACACAAGACAACACAGCACUGAACCUCCUAGAAACUAGCAAUAGGUGCCAUGGAUGACUACGACCUACAUACUUAUUACUACGAUGCAGACUCAGUCAGUCUGGUCGCCCUAUCGUAACGGCCGAGCUUGCGUGGUUUCGAAGAAGCCGCUCCAACCGGUGGUCCGCCCUUUGGUUCUUUCUUUCUGGUCUCCUCAUACCGCCCCCAGCAACAAACGGACGGGAGUAGACGCACCCCCGGAAGAAGGGGGAGAGGGGGGG